AUGCAGAAUCUGUUAGGGUUAUAUCCGAUCCCAAAAGACUUAAAGGAAGGCGACGAAGACGAUUGCCAUGGUGGUGCUCUUGAAGAGAGUCUGGACGAAAAUGCGUUACUCCACGACAAGGAUGAGUUGAACGAUGAUACUUUUGGUGACGAUGAUCCCGUCUCCAGUGCCACCGAGCAGAUGGGUGGUCUGAAUAUGGAGCCAAGUCAAGCAUUCGAGGGGCUACUUACACCCGGGGAUAUGCUGCGUCAAAGUGAGCAGUUAUCCGGGGCUAACACGAUGACGUAUGGUUCAGGCGCCAGCCAAAUGUCGCCUGUGUCAUCACAGAGCAACAACAACAACAACCCAUAUCCAAUGCAAACUCAGGGACAGCCAAUGUACCCACCUGGGUACGGUGGCAAUAUACCCCUUCCACAGUCGGAUGGGAUGGCAGAACAACAACUUCUGGCCGACAAUGCCAACCGACCACCCAAUGGCUCAACCUACAUUGGCAAUCCACAGUAUCCGGGGUCGCCCAGUCAUCAACAACAACCAAACCAACACCAACACCAACAGCCACAACAAUACCAGCUACCGUACCAGUCACAGCCACAGCAAUCAUACCAAUCACACCAACAACAACCGCAGCAACAACAGCAACAGUACCAACAACAGCAACACCCGUACCAGCAGCAGCACCAACAACAGCAGCAAGGCCAAUACCGCCAAUCGCAGGAUCAAAGGGAAAUGUACGCACCACCGCGGAAUGGCGAAGGUCCGUAUAUGCCCCCGGGGAUGGACAUGCCGCCCAAACAGUCGCAGUACGAUCCUUAUGCCAAUCUAAUGACACGCUCAGAGAAAGAUUUCAUAACCCGUGUACAACUUGCGCAGAUACAGAGCAACAAUCCCCACAUCGAUGACUUUUACUUUCAGGCCUAUACACUGAAGAAGUCUGCGGAUGCGGAUCAUGGCAAGAAGCUCAAGCUCUACAUGGCCAAACACGCUAACAAAAGUACAAAAUACACACCUGUCGCUUUUGAGAACACGCUCGGCAAGAUCCCGGCUCUCUCCAUCCAUGCUCCGAGACCGAUGAUUGAGAGUGUGGUCAGGAGAGAGGAGGCUGGAGGACCCCAGUUCUCACGAAGGAAGUUCCUGAAGGCAGUGGAGAGUGGCUAUGUGGCCAUGCUUAGAAUGGAGGACUGCGAUAUUGAGAUGAAUGGCGUACCCGAAAGCGCCAAGAAGGCCAUCGUGCAGAAGAGGAAACAAUUCGUGGACCAGGUGUUUGAGACUUUUGCGCUGUCGCCGCUCGUUAUGCAGCGCGACAGGAGUGCCCAGUUUGACGACGAGUACUUCCUGCGGAUCAUCCACAUUGCGAAGGCUCAGCGGCUGCUUGCCCGUGCCAUAGUUUUCUUCGACACCAACCAAUCGGAACGCACCAUUGCUGCGAUUUUAAGAAAUACCCUGACGUUGAGCCAGACAACUAAUGGCAAGCCGGCCUUUGAGGGUUUACACACAGACUUCAUCGAGUCUGUGGCCAUUGUUAUCAGUGCGGCACCGGCCGUAUCUAUUAUCACGAUCCUUAAGAUGUUGAGUGUGAAUUCCAACGAUGAUAUCACUGCUUUGGCCAAAUCCACGCUUGGCGCGGCUAUCCUUAAACUCCUGCUCGAAAAAGUCAACGAGAAGCCUGGAGAGGGCUCGCAAUCCGAGAAACCUUAUACCGGCAAGGAGGUCAAUGCGCUCAAUGCCGUUGCUGACGAGGUCAGUCAACAGUUGCUGCAAUAUCCCGGUAUGCUUGUAGACGGGGUUGGCUUGGGAGCUGAAGACAAGGCUGUGUGGGAUGUGAUUGUGCAGGUGGCCACUCGAUCGUCUGCCGACGCCAGAAAUGAGUUGCUGAGACAUCUGAGGUAUGUUGGUAGUGAGCUGUGCAGGUGUAUUGGUAGGCUGACAAGUGUGUCCAUGUAUGUAUUUGAAUGACUGAGCAAUACAUUCCGCUACGUCCUGUAAGGGUCAAUUGCUGCUCCUUUUGUACAAACUUUUCAGGUCAGCCUGAAUUCAAUUCAUUAAUAUGCAAUUCGUUUGAUACUGGUGCGUAGUGUGUGACUGAAGGGUUAGAAGAGGUUUCCAU